UAAGUGUAACUGGUGGUGAAGCAUUUAAAGGGCUGUGAAUAAGUGAAGCUGCAGCACAAAGGCACCACCAGCAUCUUGGUGUAUUAAGCGUUUCUGGUUGCCAAGGCACUACUCAUUUUUCAUCAAAAUGUCAGACAAAAGUCCCUUUGAAACGGACAUGUUAACCCUUACCCGCUUUGUCAUGGAAAGGGGGAGACAAGCCAAAGGUACCGGUGAGCUGACACAACUCCUCAAUUCCAUGCUGACAGCUAUAAAGGCCAUUUCUUCUGCUGUGAGGAAAGCCGGCAUUGCUAACAUGUUUGGCAUUGCGGGAAGUGUGAAUGUGACUGGCGAUGAGGUGAAGAAACUGGACGUUCUAUCCAAUGAUCUUGUAAUUAAUAUGCUGAAAUCCUCUUAUGGGACAUGUGCUCUGGUUUCUGAGGAAAACAAGGAAAUCAUCGUUAUUCCAAAAGAAAUGAGGGGUAAAUACGUUGUGUGUUUUGAUCCCCUUGAUGGUUCCUCUAACAUAGACUGCUUAGCAUCAAUCGGAACAAUAUUUGCCAUAUACAGAAAGACAACAGAAACAGAGCCCUGUGAGGAAGAUGCUCUCCAACCAGGACGCAACAUUGUAGCAGCUGGCUAUGCUUUAUAUGGAAGUGCGACACUUGUGGCGCUCUCUACUGGCCAGGGGGUGGAUUGCUUCAUGUUGGAUCCUGCAAUGGGAGAAUUCAUUUUGGUUGACAGAAAUGUUAAAAUAAAGAAGAAGGGAAAAAUCUACAGUCUCAAUGAAGGCUAUGCCAAAUACUUUGACCCAGCAAUCACUGAGUACUUAAACAACAAGAAGUUUCCUCCAGAUGGCAGUUCCCCAUACAGCUCCAGAUACGUUGGCUCCAUGGUUGCAGAUGUGCACAGGACUCUCAUAUAUGGUGGCAUCUUCAUGUAUCCAGCAAACGAAAAAAGCCCAAAGGGAAAGCUUCGCCUCUUGUAUGAGUGUAAUCCAAUGGCUUUCAUCAUUGAGCAGGCAGGGGGAUACGCAACCACUGGAACGCAGCCAGUGCUGGAUGUCAAGCCAGAAUCUCUCCAUCAGAGGGUGCCACUUUUUCUUGGCUCUCCAGAUGAUGUACAAGAGUACUUGGAUUGUGUGAAGAAGCAUCAGAAGAGCAACUAAGUGCUUGUGUGUGUAACUUCUAUGUUUGUCGUUCAUAUGCACUUCAUUUUGUGAACAUGUGUUCUGGCCUGUUUCUCUUCCAUAAAAGGUCUGAACACUC